AUGGACCUCUACUCGCCGAUCGACGGUCAGCUGGGCGAGAUACGAGUCCUUAGAAUCUUUCCUGGUAGCGCGGACGAUCCGAUACAAUGUUCGCUCCAGUUGUGCUCCUUGGUCACAGAAGUCAAGCCAUACUAUCGAGCCCUUUCAUACGCCUGGGGCACGGAGAUGUCAGACAUCCCGAUCUCUGUCGAUGGACACCCCAGAGUCAUCACCAGCAACCUGUAUGCGGCACUACGCUCACUUCGGGACGAAGAAAGCGAGGUCGCGCUCUGGGUCGAUGCACUAUGCAUCAAUCAGCAGGAUCUGGUCGAGAAGAUGCACCAGAUCGGACAGAUGAGGACGAUUUAUCGAGAGGCCAGACAAGUCGUU